AAAUUUCGAUUUGCCGUUGGUGUUGUCGAGCCUGUUGAUGAAAAUACGGCGGUACUUCUAGAUGAUGAUCCAUUUUUUGAUGUAGAAGAUGAAUGGGAGAUCCCCUUGCAACGAUUGAAACAUGCCGCUGACGUUCCUCUGUAUUUGGGUUGCCUAAAGAAUUUAAUGAAAACACCGAGGACACAGACGUACGACGAGAUGAUGGUCGAGAGUUGGGAUGAGGUGGGGGACAAUGUUGUGGUGACAACUUUGGAAAUGAAGGAUCGUCUAAUAUUGUUAUACUAUAUAGGAAUGUUACUUGAUCAACAGGGUUAA